AUGUUUGAGAGGAAUAGGCGAAUCAAGGAGCAGGUCAAGCAACAAGAAGAUCUCUUAAACCAGAAUUUAGCCUCCACGUGCCUACUCGCCGGAGUUUCUCCUCCGUCGUGGCUAUGGUCUCCGUCUCUACCUUCCCAAACUUCAGAGUUGAGUAAGGAGGAGAUUAUCUUAGGACGCCUAAGCCGUCUCGUUCCAUAUCAACAGCCCGUCAGUCUUCUAGCUGAAAAUGGAGUAAGACAAGACCUGGCAUCUGUGCAAGUGGUUCACAGGGACAUAAAGACAAGCAACAUAAUGCUUGACGUAAACCUCAACGCUAGGCUCUGCGAUUUUGGUCUUGCUAGGCUCACUGAGCACGAUAAAAGCCCCAUCUCGACCUUGACUGCUGUCACGAUGGGGUAUCUCCAAUACGGCUCUGCGACGACUGAGAAAACAGAUGCGUUUAGCUACGGACUGCUGAUUCCAGAGGUCACUUGUGGAAAGAGGGCAAUAGACAAAGAAUCAGAGGGCCAGAAGACUGUGAAUCUAGUGGACUGGGUUUGGAGAUUACACAGUGAAGUAAGAGUUGUCGUCAAAGCUGUUGAUGAGAGAUUGAAAGGCCAGUUUGAUGAGGAAUUCUGA